AUGAGACCUCACACGCCUUCUCUGUGCUGUAGAGGCAGCCUGAGAGCCAUUGCCCGGCCUCGCUAUGCUUCAACCGCGACCUCACCCUCACCCUCACCCUCACCCUCGAACCCAAGUCCGAUCCCGACUCCGUCACCGAAGUCUUCCCCCGGCUCCAACCCACGUCGCUGGCUGGGCAUUAUAUUCGUGGGAGUAUCAGCCGCAGCCGCAGGUGCAUAUAUCCGGUCUCAGAACUCAGACUCGGCGACCCUAAACCCAGACACGUUCACGAAGUACAGCCUCGUAUCGCGCGAGCCCGUGUCGGCCACGAGCAGCCUCUUCACCCUGCGACCGCGCAAACCCAGCGAAGACAACUAUGAUGUCUACGAGGAGGCAUGGCGGGCCGGAGUAUGGAGUGUGAUGUUCAAGCAGCCCCAGCUACAAAUUGGAAGAGAUUAUACACCGCUACCUACGACUGCUGCGACAUCGUUAAGUGUGGACGAUGAGAAUGAGGGUUGCUUGCGCUUUUUCAUUCGUAAGGAUCCUUUCGGGGAGGUGUCGCGGUACCUGCAUAGCAUUGAUGUAGGUGCUGAUGUGGAAAUGCGUGGUCCUAAGAUUGAAUGCGCUAUACCGAGUGAGACCGAUGAUAUUCUUUUUAUUGCUGGUGGGACUGGGAUUGCGCCGGCUCUACAGGCUGGAUAUUCUCUAUUGUCUCGCACGAACAGUGAGCGUCGACCAAGGAUUCACAUUCUGUGGGCGAAUCGGCUGAAGGAUGAUUGUGCUGGCGGUCAAAGUGAUUCCGCGAAGCCGCAGCCCCGAGGCUGGUUUUCUGGGUGGUUUGGCUCGUCCAAGAGUCUCGAGAGCAAGAAACAGGAUGCUGUGGCUGUAAUGGAAGACAAGCACACUUCUUUGAUUGUACGAGAGCUCGAGGCCCUCAAGUCGCAAUACCCCGGACAGGUUACCGUGGACUACUAUUUGGACGAGGAGAACACGUUCAUUGGAAAGAAGGAUAUCAUGAACUCGAUUCAAUCCACACCAACAGACAGCUCUCGCAAGAGCAAGCUGAUUUUGGUUUCCGGGCCCGAGGGCUUCAUCAGCUAUAUGGCUGGGCCGAAGCUCUGGGCACAGGGACAGGAGCUCCAAGGACCCUUGAAAGGAGUCAUUCGGGAACUCGACCUCAAAGAAUGGGGCGUGUGGAAGCUCUGA